AUGAUCACUAACGCACGACAGGAACUAUUCACCCGCAUUGGCAGCGUGGUUGACGUCAAGCUCCGCUACGACCGUGCAGGCCGCUCUGAAGGUGUCGCCUUUGUCAGCUAUCGUCGCACCAAGGACGCCCAAGAUGCGAUUGACGAAUUCGACGGGGCCAAUGCCAAAGGUCAACCGAUCAGACUUACGCUGCUUCCUCAACCUCGUCGCGACAACCCUUUCGACAGGGUCGAGAAUCCACGAAGUCUCUUCGAUCGCAUCGAGGCCCCUCGUGAUCGGAGACGCAGCGAAAGUCCCAUGAACGGCGAGGACGAGAGCCGCUAUCGUCGUGGUCCCAGACGUGGUGGGGGUGCCGGUAGAGACCGUCGAAGUGAUACGACUAGGCCAGCCCCUGAGAAUAUCGACCGGUACAUCCCAGGCUCAGGUGGAUCGGUCCCAAGAAGUGACAGCCGCCGUGGAGGAAGGCGGCCAGGCGAGCGCCGGGAAAGGCGUGGUAGGGGUGAUGAGGUUGGUUCCAAAAUGUCUGGAGGGCGGCCAAGAAAAACCCAAGAGGAACUCGACGCAGAAAUGGAGGACUAUUGGGGCGGCAACGCAAACGAGAACGGUCAGACGGGCGGAUCCGUACCCACUGGUGCUACAGCGCCCGCUCCACAAGUUGCUGAUGGCGGUGCUGAGAUGGAUAUGAUGGUGGAGUAG